UGCUGGCAAAAGCAUGUGCCAAUCUUUUAAAUCAGGGUGAAUCCACCAAUUCUGCAAGUAUCCAGGGAAAAUUGGCCAAGAAAGUUAGUUGGAGUUAAUUCGACAUCACGUACAAGUUUAGGGGGCAAAUUGCUUCUUUAACCUCCAGAACCCUUAAUAACGAUAUUUGUUUCUCCGAGUGAUCCAUUGAGCAAGCAGGCUGGCGCCAGUUAUCUCUAUCUUUUCUUACAUAUGGCGCCUCGAGAUGAACUUCAGGAACCCAUUUUACCCUCAUCUCCUGAACCUGAAUUACAUGCCCAUUGCGAAGUGAACUCCAGGCUUGAAAAGAUACUAAAUGAUACCCAGUUGCCGUACCUGAAGCGCCUCCGAUUGGCAUCAGUAAUUGAAUUGAAGCUCCUCUUCCGCCUGGCUGCACCAGCAGUUUUUGUUUACAUGAUCAACAAUUUUAUGUCCUUGUCCACUAGAGUUUUCGCCGGUCACCUUGGGAAUCUUGAACUUGCUGCUGCUGCUCUUGGAAAUAGCGGCAUCCAACUCCUUGCCUAUGGCUUCAUGUUGGGAAUGGGAAGUGCAGUAGAAACGCUCUGCGGCCAAGCUUAUGGCGCACAUAGGAAUGAAAUGCUUGGCAUAUACCUACAAAGAGCAACAGUUGUGCUAACGAUAACUGCCAUACCAAUGACUGCAAUCUACCUUGUAUCAAAGCAAAUCUUGCUCUUACUCGGGGAACCAACUUCAGUGGCAUCAGCAGCUGCAGUCUUUGUUUAUGGGUUAAUACCUCAAAUUUUUGCAUAUGCUGUGAAUUUCCCAAUACAAAAAUUUCUACAAGCACAAAGUAUAGUGAACCCAAGUGCUAUGAUAUCAGCUGCUACACUUGGAGUGCACUUAUUGCUAAGUUGGUUAGCUGUAUACAAGCUAGGAUUGGGGUUGAUAGGCGCAUCACUGGUGUUGAGCUUGUCGUGGUGGAUUAUCGUGGGCGCCCAGUUUGUUUACAUAGUGAAGAGCAGUCGUUGCAAGCAGACAUGGACUGGUUUUACCUGGAAUGCCUUUUCAGGGCUUUGGGAGUUUGUAAAGCUGUCCGUAGCAUCUGCAGUAAUGCUGUGCUUGGAGACCUGGUACUUUCAGAUUUUGGUUUUGAUAGCAGGGCUACUCGAGAACCCUGAAAUUGCCUUGGACUCCCUUGCUGUAUGCAUGUCUAUAAUGGCACUGCUGUUUAUGGUCUCAGUCGGUUUCAAUGCAGCGGCAAGCGUGAGAGUAAGCAAUGAAUUAGGAGCAGGAAACCCAAAAUCAGCAGCAUUCUCAGUUGUAAUAGUGAAUCUGAUAUCCUUCGUAAUCUCAGUGAUAGAAGCAGUCAUUGUCAUUGCCCUACGCAAUGUCAUCAGCUAUGCCUUCACUGAAGGAGAAACUGUUGCCAAAGCCGUAUCAGAACUGUGUCCAUUAUUGGCCGUCUCCCUCGUGCUUAAUGGCAUUCAACCUGUCUUAUCAGGUGUGGCAGUUGGAUGUGGAUGGCAAAAGUUUGUUGCGUAUGUAAAUGUGGGAUGCUAUUAUGUGGUUGGAAUCCCAAUUGGCUGUCUUCUUGGCUUUAAGUUCCAUCUUGGCGCACAGGGAAUAUGGUCUGGGAUGCUCGGAGGUACUACGAUGCAGACCAUCAUCUUACUAUGGGUAACAUUUCACGCUGACUGGAAUGCUGAGGUGGAAAAGGCAAGGAUGCGAUUGGACAAAUGGGAAGACAGCAAGGAACCACUCUGAAACCUUUUCAUUGAUGAAUUGGGAGGAGCCAUUUUAUGAUAUGCCAUACCUAAUUUACCCCAAUUUUUUUUUCCUUUUGUGACAUUGACAUGCAACUAUCUAAAAUAAAUUUGUUAACAAGGCUUUAAUUGGGCGUCUCA